AUGCUGCUGAAGGUUGCUCUUGCACGUUCCUGUUCAAAUGCCUCUCACGGCCUUCAGGAGAGGGCUGCUGGUGCUCUGUGGGGAUUGUCCGUGUCAGAAGCAAAUAGCAUUGCCAUUGGACAAGAAGGAGGCGUGGCACCACUAAUAGCACUGGCACGAUCAGAUGCUGAGUGCCUGGAAAUUCUGGUAGCUGCUUUAUGGGGGUGCCGGGAGGUGAAGAGAGAAAGUGGAGCUAUUUUUCCUAAAUUAGUGCUCACAUCAAGAGACACUGGUGUUGGUGAAGAAGCAGCAAAGGUCUUACAAGAAGGAGGUUUAAAUGUGUUGUUCCAUCAAUUAGAUAUCGUGAAUCCAGCAUCAAUUGAAACUUUUACCGGAUGGAUAAAAGAAAAUUAUGGUGGUAUCGAUAUACUGGUAAACAAUGCAGGAGUUAAUUUCAAUACUGGAUCAGACAAUAGUGUGGAAUUUGCUGAACAAGCUAUUCAUACCAACUACUACGGCACGAAGAAUAUGAUCAAAGCCAUGAUUCCUUUAAUGAGACCUUCCCCUUCAGGUGCUCGUAUUGUAAACUUGAGUUCACGAUUGGGUAGAUUCAACAGCAGACGGAAUAAAAUUGGAAAUGAUGAAUUGAGAAAACAACUGGAAGACGAUGAAGCACUAUCUGAGGAACUGAUAGACCAGACAGUGAAUAAAUUUUUAGAACAAGUAAAAGAUGGCAGUUGGAGAGAAGGUGGAUGGCCUCAAGUUUUUACGGAUUACUCUUUAUCAAAACUAGCCGUUAACACUUACACAAGGCUGAUGGGAAGGAUACUUUCAGAACGUCCCGAAGGCCAGAAGAUAUACAUCAAUUGCUACUGUCCAGGCUGGGUGAAGACGGCCAUGACUGGUUGGUCGGGGCAUAUUAGUCCUGAAGACGGUGCUGAUACUGCAGUUUGGCUAGCUCUUCUUCCAGAUCAAUUCAUAACGGGUAAGUUUUUCUCUGAAAGGCGUGAGAUACAUUUCUAA